AUGACUACAGUGGAAAAUGAGGACACAAUCAUGUCCUACUUGUCCCAGAGUGACAUUGACCUCAGCCCUAAAGACUUCAAUGUUGUGGCCAUGCUCCAUGACUUUUGGGAGCAGAAGCAAUUGGGUCACAUGGAUGGCUCCUCCACUGGAUCGAAUGGUUCUAUUAGGGAUAAAGCGGUCCAGAUGGAAAUGCUGCUUCUGUAUGAGUCUGCCGCCUCCACAGGUCCGCCGUUUGUCUGUUAUGUCACGCUGCCAGGAGGAAGUUGCUUUGGGAACUAUAAGCUGUGUAACACUCAGGCAGAGGCCCGUCGAGAUGCAGCCCGAGUGGCUCUGAUGAAUUCACUUGUCAACGAGCUGCCUUGUCGACGUAUCUGCCCUCAGUUCAUCUCUCAGAGUCUGCAUCAGGCUACCUUAGACAGUGAUGUUUCUCUUGAAGAUGCACAUGAUUCGAGUACACAUAUAGGAACAUACAGUCUGCUUCUGCAUUCUUACAUGGGAAGGACCAUGCUGGAGUUCCAGGAGAUGAUGACAGUUUUUCAAUUGUUACACUGGAAUGGAACACUAAAAGUUCUAAGAGAAAGGCAAUGUUCUCGUCAGAGCGUGAUUACCUAUUACACCAAGCGUGGGCUUGACGAGUACAUGCGCAGCAGCAUGGCUCUGGACUGGCUCGACCGGGAGCAGAGAUCACCGGGUCAUCUCGGGGAGGAGCUGCAAGUGGCGCAAAGGGAGCUGCUGUUAGCCCGCCGUAGAGGAAUUGAACUGCGCUUCUACAAAGAGAAGACAAGCAUCCUUACAUUGGCUCUCAGUCAAGCAUAUAUUCACCACACACCUGAUUUUCAAAGCCAGGCACCUGACAACAGAGAACAACUACCUUUGCAUAUGAUUUGCACCCGGGAUAAAGAAAUGCCAGUAACAUCAUCAUGCAGUUCAUCACCAUCCCUCCAUGAACACAUUAAUCCAGCAGCUUGUGGAAAUUGUGGCAGGCUGUUUCCUUCAGAUUGUGUCUCAACUUGUUCAUUUUGCACAAUCAUUUACUCAGAAAAGCAGAAUGUUUUUCAGGAUACAUGA